AUGACAGCCGAAGUUUAUUCCUAUUCCGAGCAAGUUGAUCUUGCAAAUGCUGUUGGAAAAUACAUUGUCAAGCAUCAGAACGAAGCUAUCAAAGCCAAUGGGUCAUUCAAGAUUGCUCUUUCUGGUGGCUCCUUAGGUAAAGUUUUGAAGGAGGCAUUGAUUGAUAAUAAAAGCAUCGGUGCAGAAGUUCAAUGGGACAAGUGGGGUGUUUACUUUAGUGAUGAGAGACUUGUUCCGUUGAACCACAAGGACUCCAAUUAUGGCCUUUUCAAUGAGAUGGUGCUUGAAAAUCUCCCCUCUGAUUCUGCAAAACCAAACGUGCACACUAUAGAUGAAUCGCUAUUAACCGGUAAGGAUGGACAAAUUGAAGGUGCCGAUGUUGAAAAGGAUAAAGAAAUUGCAAAGAGAUAUGCCGCUCAUUUGCCUCACAAGUUUGACGUUAUAUUAUUGGGAUGUGGACCAGAUGGUCACACAUGCUCGUUAUUUCCAGGACACAAGCUUCUCGAUGAAAGAGCACAGUUGGUUUCAUAUGUAAACGAUUCUCCCAAACCGCCACCAAGAAGGAUUACCAUCACUUUCCCUGUUUUGGAGAGUGCAACUGCAAUUGCAUUUGUUGCUCAAGGUUCAGGAAAAGCACCUAUCUUGAAAGAGAUUUUCAACGAUCCCGAAAGUAAAUUGCCAUCGAAAUUGGUUACUGAUAUUACAUCGGGUACUGAAGUCAGCUGGUUUGUAGAUUCUGCUGCAAUUGAGGGCGCGGACGUAUUAAGUAGCAAAUAUUAG